AGUGGAUUUUUACAGUAAAAGGGAUUUAUUUUAUGUCCCAUCUUAUGAAGUUUAAUUGUAAAUAUCAAAUUCAAUUUCGAGAAAGUUAUUUAAAUGGGUAAAUAUAUUUGUAAUAGUAUUUACAAUUUGGGUAAUCAUAUAUAAAUUAAUGGCUUUAAUAAUCUGUUUUCAAGGCGCAUAUUAUCUCUUAAAGGCAUUUAUUUAAGCUUGCCCGAAUUUUCUAUUGCCGAUAUGCCUUCUGUCAAAAAUGCAUUCUAUGAUAUAAUUUGGAAAAUAAAUAUCAAAAAAAUAAUUUCGUCGGACUGUUUUAUUAAAUUUAUAGUUGAAAGAAAAUGUUCAUUUAUCAAUAAGUCGAAAAAGGAAUAUGUAUUACAAUAUGAAGAUAUAUUAGAACUUGAAGGAUUAGGUUGGAUUUCAUAUGUGACAUUUUGCCCUAUAUACCUACAUGGAUACGAUCAGAUACAACUUUCAAUUGUAACACAAGAGGAUUCUAUUGAUAUGGUUUGCAAUUUUGUUCUUAUUCUUUCAAUAUGUACAGAAUAUAUGAAUUAUAACAUUAUCAUUCCUUUAUUUAUUAUAGCAAAUAGAAUAUGCCAGACUUACUUACAGUCAUCAUGAAGAACGAAUUUAUUUUCCUAAAACGGAUUAUUUAUUACCAUUUUAUGCAAAAAAUAUUCCAGAAACUUUUAAGGACAAGUAUUUUUUAAGAAAAGAAACAGAAAAUUUACUUGAAUUAAAUGACAUUAUUGAUAACCUAUAAAUUAUAAAUA